AUGGAGGCGGACUGGUCGGCGCUGCCCCACGACGUGCUCGCCGCCAUCUUCGCCCGCCUCCCCGUCGACGAGCUCCUCCUCUCCGCCCCCGGCGGCGCCGGCGCCGUGUGCCGCUCGUGGCGCGACGCCGCCAAGGACCCCGCCACGUGGCGGUCCGUCGACAUGUCGGUGAUGCCCCUCAAGUACUACUCGAGGUCGCCGUCUCUAAAGAGCCUGGCGGUCACCGGGAGCAACGGCGUGACCAGCCAAGGGCUGGAGGCGGUCGUCGACGGCUGUCCUCGCCUGGAGUGUCUCGUGGUCUUCCAGUGCCCCGAUGUCUUGGUCGAAGAAGCCCUGGUAGCAAAGUGUGCGCAGAUCAGGCUCCUCUGCCUUUUACCUAGCAUCGGGCAACCCAAGGUCUACAGGCGGCUUGCUGGUGGCGACGACGACUAG